AAUGCUCUAUCAAUGGUAUUAGGCAAUAUCGAUGCCUGGUGUCGAAAUAGUCUUUAUUGAUUCCUAGACGCAGGAGAAAGAUAUAAAGUCAGCCUUGAGUCUCUCGACGAACGAGGAACAAUAUCACAACUCAAACAUCCCACGCACCGAAAUUCACACUUGUCUUUUCAGAUAUCCAUGAUGAAGCAGAUCAAGACCUUUGUUCAUCUGACGACCCUCCUCUCAGCUGCCACCAAGGUAGUUGCUCAUGGUCAUGUGAGCAACAUUGUCAUUAAUGGCGUUUCCUACCGUGGCUGGGACAUCAACUCGGAUCCCUAUAAUUCGGACCCCCCUGUGGUAGUCGCAUGGCAAACACCAAACACUGCGAACGGUUUCAUUACGCCCGAUGCAUACGACACAGACGACAUAAUAUGCCACCUGGAUGCAACUAAUGCUGAAGGUCACGCAGUCGUUGCUGCGGGAGACAAGAUCAGUCUUCAAUGGACCACCUGGCCCGACAGCCACCACGGCCCAGUUAUUAGCUAUCUCGCAAACUGUGGCUCGAGUUGCGAGACUGUGGACAAGACGACGCUUGAGUUCUUCAAGAUUGACGGUGUUGGCCUUGUUGAUGACUCCGAAGUCCCCGGCACUUGGGGAGACGAUGAGUUGAUCGCAGACAACAACACCUGGCUAGUGGAGAUUCCAGCCGUUGCGCCCGGCUAUUAUGUUCUUCGUCAUGAGCUGAUUGCUCUGCAUGGAGCAAGCAGUGAGAAUGGAGCCCAGAACUAUCCCCAGUGUUUCAAUCUGCAGAUUACCGGGACAGGGACUGCCGAGCCUUCCGGGGUACUGGGCACGGAACUGUAUACCCCCACCGAUGCCGGAAUUCUCGUCAAUAUCUAUCAGUCUCUGUCCACUUACGAGGUUCCUGGCCCGACAUUGAUCCCCGAGGCCGUGUCUGUUGUUCAGUCGAGCUCGACGAUUACUGCGUCUGGUACGCCGGUGACUGGGACCGCUACCUCAACUGCAACAUAGUGCUUCGAUCACUUGAGCGACCGGACUUCGAUUGACAUAAGCUCAAGAGAACCAAUAAACGGUCUUUGAUUGGACUGCCAUCACCAUGAGCGGGAGUGGGCGGUCGGUUCAGCUCUGUCUGCUUGCUU